AUGGCAUCUUCCCGUACCUUUGCGGCCUUGGCAUUAAUGUUCUUCAUCGCUCUGUCGUUUCCGGGCGUUGAUGUAGCCGUUGCUACUCGAAAACUCUUGGCACCGACGACGACCUUGCCUGAAAUUCCUGGCCUGGCACUUCCAGCUCUGCCUCCAGGACCAGGAGGAAUCAUCCCGGACCUACCAACAUUCCCGGAUUACAGGUCGCCGCCACCUAUGAUUUCGUUUCCAGCUAUCCCCCCCGUCGGCGACAUUCCCACAUUUCCGAUCUUCCCUCCGGCUACAACUACCACCCCUUAA